AGGGAGAGAGAGAGGGAGAGAGAGAGGGAGGGAGGUAGAGGGAGAGACGUAGAGGAACAGACUCAGUGAACAAACCCUCUCACAGAGUCGCUGCUGCUCUUCAAACUCUGGAUGUUGGACACUGAGACAGACCGAGGACACUGACAGACCGAGGACACUGAGACAGACCGAGGACACUGAGUGACGCAGGCUGCCGGUGGAUGUGAGUCUGUCUCCGGGCUCAGGUGGAUCUGUGGCGGGUCUCGGUGUGGAUGGGAUUACACCGGUUGUUCCGUGUGUCCUGUCGGUGCUGCGGCUGGAGGAGGAACUAUGCGGCAGCGGAGCUCCCCGGUGUUGUCCCCGGUCCGGUCCCCGGUCCGGUCCCCGGUGCUGUCCCCGGUGCUGUCCCCGGGGCUCCCGGUGCUCCCGGUGCGGCUCCUGCUGCUGCCGCUGCUGCUCGUCGGGCUCUGCAGCGGCACAAGUUUCCCAAGUAACAUCAACAUAGGAGGCCUUUUCCCCACCGGCUCCCAUGAGUACGAGGUGUUUCGUUUCGCGCUGGCGCAGCAUCAGGACGUCCCCAAGUUGGUGCCACAGGUGGACAUGGUGGACACGGGGAGCAGCUUCGCUAUGACCUACGCCUUCUGCUCCCAGUUCUCCAAGGGCGUGUACGCCAUCAUGGGUCUGUACGACCGGCGGACGGUCAACAUGCUGAUGUCCUUCUGCGGCUCCCUGCACGUCUGCUUCGUCACGCCGUCUUUCCCCGUUCAGACCAACAACCAGUUCGUCCUGCAGCUGCGUCCUCAGCUGCAGGAGCCGCUCAUGGCUCUGCUGGAGCAGUUGGACUGGAGCAGGUUCGUCUACAUGUACAGCUCCGACUCAGGUCUGUCGGUGCUGCAGAGGAUCCUGGACACGGCGGCGGAGCGGACCUGGCAGGUGACCUCCGUCAACCUGGACACGCUGACUGAGGCCGCCUUCGUCAAGCUGCUCACCGACCUGGACUUCAAGAAGGACUUUCAGGUCAUCAUCAACUGUGAGCUGGAGCGACUCAACUCCAUCCUCCACCUGAUUGCUGCUCAGAAGAGAAACUUGAAGAACUACCACUACAUCCUGGCCAAUCUGGGCUUCAUGGACCUGAACGUCACAGAGUUCCAGGAGCUGGGGGCCAACGUGACGGGCUUCCAGCUGAUGAACUGGUCCGAUCCGGCCAUGGAGAAGAUCAACCAGGACUGGCGGGACUUCGACAGCAAAGACCUGAAACUGGCCCGACCGAGCCUCAGGUACACCGGAGCUCUGACCUACGACGGCGUGAGCGCCAUGGCGACGGCUUUCCAUAACCUGCGACGGCAGCGGAUCGACAUCUCUCGCCGUGGCAACGCGGGGGAGUGUCUGGCCAACCCCCCCGCCCCCUGGGGACAGGGCAUCGACAUCCAGAGGGCCCUGCAACAGGUGCGUCUCGAAGGUCUGACGGGUCACGUUCAGUUCGACGAGCGAGGACAUCGGACCAACUACACCGUGACCGUGAUGGAGCUCAGCAGCAAAGGAUCCUCGAAGAUCGGCUACUGGAACGAGAGGAGAGGCUACGUGAACACCGCCGUCUACAGGCCGGUGCCGGAGGAGGUCCACGGUCUGCAGAACAGAACCUACGUCGUCACCACCAUCCUGGAAGCUCCCUACAUGAUGCUGAAGAAGAACCACGAGCAGCUAGUGGGAAAUGACAAGUUCGAAGGUUACUGUGCCGAACUCGCCUCGGAGAUCGCCAAGCACGUCGGCUUCACCUACCGCCUCCAACUGGUGGGUGACGGCAAGUACGGCGCCAGAGACAGUGGAACAAAGAUGUGGAACGGCAUGGUGGGAGAACUGGUGUACGGGAAGGCCGACGUGGCGGUCGCUCCGCUCACCAUCACUCUGGUGCGAGAGCAGGUGAUCGACUUCACGAAGCCCUUCAUGUCUUUGGGAAUCUCCAUCAUGAUCAAGAAACCCACCAAGUCCAAACCAGGCGUCUUCUCCUUCCUCGACCCGCUGGCCUACGAGAUCUGGAUGUGCAUCGUCUUCGCCUACAUCGGCGUCAGCGUCGUGCUCUUCCUGGUGAGUCGGUUCAGUCCUUACGAAUGGGAGAGCGAGGACUCUGAUGACGAAGACGAGACCGUCCCCUCCUCUUCGUCUCAACGAGCGCAGCCGGCUUCCUCCUCUGAACUCGCUCACUCAGGUUACUCUCAGGCUCAGAACCAGAACCAGCAGAAAGAGAAGGAGUCGCCUGAAUACACCAACGACUUUGGGAUCUUCAACUCUCUGUGGUUCUCUCUCGGGGCCUUCAUGCAGCAGGGCUGCGACAUCUCCCCCAGGUCUCUCUCAGGUCGAAUCGUCGGAGGCGUUUGGUGGUUUUUCACCCUCAUCAUCAUCUCCUCUUACACGGCCAACCUGGCAGCCUUCCUCACCGUGGAGAGGAUGGUCUCCCCCAUAGAGAGCGCAGAGGACCUGGCCAAGCAGACAGAGAUCUCCUAUGGGACCCUGGAUGGAGGCUCCACCAAAGAGUUCUUUAUGAGGUCAAAGAUCGCAGUUUUUGAGAAGAUGUGGUCGUACAUGCGGAGCACAGACCCGUCGGUGUUCGUCAGGAACACGGACGAAGGUGUGGUGCGGGUCCGGAAGUCGAAGGGGAAGUACGCCUACCUGCUGGAGUCCUCCAUGAACGAGUACAUCGAGCAGAGGAAGCCCUGCGACACCAUGAAGGUCGGAGGCAACCUGGACUCCAAAGGCUACGGAGUGGCCACGCCCAAAGGAUCGGCCCUCAGUAUGUGUCUGUCUGCCUGUUCCUGCCCUGUCGGCCUGUUGACCUGUCUGUUGUCCUCUGUUACUGCCUGUCUGACUGCCAAGCUGCCCGUCUGUCUGCCUCGACAUCGCCACAACACUGAAAACACACUAACCUACGAUCGAUAGGAACCAUGCUGUUGUCGGGUGAAACUAAAAACAAGAUUGUAACGAGCCUCAUCACCACGUUAGUUCAUCUUUAUUUCAUGGAAAAGCUUUUUGGUUCUGAUAUGAACAAUGAUAACUACUCGGCAAAACUAUAAACCGUCUCUGAGCAGUAAUGAAAUCAGUCGGUUCAUCUGCCAACUGCAACAUUCAAGAUUUAUCAGGAAAACAAACGCAUCAGUUUCUUUUUUAGUUCUUUUGUUGUGUUGUAACAACUCCCAAGUCAGACGCCGUCUACAAACCAAUCAGAGUCAAGAACAGGUAGACUCCGCCCACGUAGGUGAUGACCACAGGACGUACGCAUGUCAGACAAAACUCUUUAGUCCCGAAAUUACAAAGAGAAACUAAAACUAACAGAUCAGAUGAAACUAUGGAACAAACAUGAAGCUUCAGACUCUCAGAGAGGAAACGUCCUGAGUGAAUCGUGUGUGUUAACAAACAGUAUUUAUAGUAAACUCAGCAUCUAAAGAUCACUGGACAGUUAACUGGUUAAUUAUAUAUUUAUAUAUAGUUAUUGUAGGUUGGUGACCGAACACAAAAUCAAACCUAAAAUCUUAAUUCAGCCUAAACGUGUUCACCUGACAGCAGCUUGGAUUUUCUUCAGCGUUUGUAUCAGAACAUCUUUCUCUCUUUCUUUCUGCCGAACAUCAGCAUUUUCCAGCCGACCCCGACUCAGAGAGGAAAUGAGUUCGACGAUGAGAUGAGCACACGCUGAACCUAUGUUCCUCUGUGUUUUAACUUUAUUUCAUCCGUGGAAAAACGUGUUGCUGAGACGGCAAAUUACAGCCGAGCAAACUGACUCCCCACAUUCAUAGUUAAAUGGUUUUACAUUUGUGUAAAGCGAAUGGAUGAACUGUGACAUACACUGAUAAUAUUGUAAACGUUAUUCACGUUAAUCUUCACUGAGUCUCUGGGUCGAGCGUCUCUGUGCUAACGUCUGACGGACGGACUCGUCUGCUCCCUGUCUUCAUCCCCUCAGCAUCUGCUCUGUCCUCGUGUCGCUGUGGUCAAACGUACGAUGACUGUGCUUCUGUUCGAGUCUUGUUCCAAAAUGUUGCAAUUCAUGUAUUUUCAAAAUGUCCAGUUUUAAAACAGGUAUGUUUUAAAACUCUGCUGGAAAUUUUAACUUCUGCUUUUUAUUUAUAUCAUCUCAUAUAAUAUCCUCUCAAUUUAUUCCACAAACCACCAAUCGUCUUUUACACUCAACUACAAAUUGAUAUUUAUUCAAACAGAUUAGUUGGAUUCACAUUUUUUACAUUUUUAGUUUGUGCAUAUUUUAACUGGACUGUUUUUAUUCUCCUCAUCUUUAUUUAUCUGUGUCGUGUCUGUUUCUAUGUAAAAUGCACUUUAGAACAAAAACUCUUCCGUUGCUCUUAUGGUGUUAAUCAUGUUAAUCAUGUUAAUCAUGUUAAUCAUGUUAAUCAUCAUCUCUUCAAUCUGAAGCAACACUGGCUGAGUCAUUUCAAUGAUUCCAGUUCUUUUUAUCACCAUUAAAUCAUCACUGCUUCCUCUGUGCUGCUUUGAUCGUCACUGGUUUGUGAAGGAGAACAACAGGCAGCUAAAAUACAGGACGGCACAAAAUUCACAUUUGUUGUCCAUCAAUUCUUUGAACCUGAGUUAUGUGAUAUUUCACAUUGUGCAAAUCUAAAUGCAUGAAUGUUGUUUCUCCUUUAUUUAUCAGGGAGGAAAUGGACAUGAAUGCGAAGACGAGGUUUUCUGCACAGUCGUCAGUUCUGGGAUUUAUUCACAGUUUCUCAAUCCAGGCAGUUAUAAAAUGUUUUCUUCCUUCAUGACUUCUUCACUUCUAAUAUCCAACCUUCCACUGGAGCUCCUCACUGGGCUCAAGCUGCUGGAGCGACUGUUCCAUCCAAUCAUGGAAACGUCACAACAACAGUUUCCCUCUAAUCUCCAGGUCACUGCCGACCACUGGAGUGAAACAGCCUCAUGACUGUCUCGUGUGACGCUAAUCCCAACAGUCAUAUUCACAAGCAGCUAAUUACAACUUCUGGUUACAUUUCAGAUUAUUUCUGACCACCCUCUAAUGACAGGAGCAAAGUCGGAAGUCAUGUGACCAAAGAUCCUCAAACCUUGACAAAGUAUUUUAAUCCAAACUGACCUGUGGUCGUUCAGGUGGAAAGAUUCAAGUAUCGUCUGUAAUAUUAAAUCUUAUAAGAAAACAGAUUAAUCUUCUUUAAUAACAACGGGAUUGAUUCAGCUUUAAACAGCCCAGUGAAGAAUCCUUCAGAAUAAAGCUCUGUGGAAAUGAUACACAAACCUUUAAGUGACGGAAAACAACAUUUUAAAAAAGUCUGUGUUGAAGAGCAGUAAAUCUUUCCUUCAGUGUUUCACCAAUAAUAACCUGCCUGUCAUAACACGUGUAAUGAUGUUGCUCUCUUCCAUGACGAGUCCUCUGCUCAUUAACACUCAGUUCCCUUUUAUCCCUUAUUGUGACUAUCAUCCUCGUAGAAACCCUGUUAACUUGGCAGUGUUAAAACUGAACGAGCAGGGCCUGUUGGACAAAUUGAAAAACAGAUGGUGGUAUGACAAGGGAGAGUGCGGCACCGGGGGAGGGGACUCCAAGGUCAGAUCACCGUAACCCCAACGGGUAACGACAGGCAAUGGCACACCAGGGUAACCGGCAACCACUCUCACUAUCAACACUCCGGAUGACACCACGGAAAGUGAAACUAAAUCCCUGGUGUCUCUCACAGUUACAGUUACAUUACUUCUACUUCUGUAGUAGAAGGUGAUUGAUCCAUCAAGUAUUUGUAGUAGAGGGAUUUUACAAAAAAAAUCUUCUACCUCACAACGUUAAAGAAAUGUUAAACAAACAGGCAAACGGGGGUGAAAACAUAACCUCCCUGGCGGACGUAGUGACUGCAGGUGAUCCAGCUGCUCGCUCAGUAGAAUACUUCCUCGGGCCACGUGACCUCUGAAGUUAAUUCUUCUUCUCUUUCCUGCAUGGAUCCGAUUCUCUUGAAGAUGCCGGAGUGUUUUCAGCUCUUGCCGGUUACCCAAAGUGAUAUAGUAAUACACAUCUCGCACACAGGGAGUCAGGCUAAACCAAGCUAGAUGGAGUAUUAACGCAUAUCACUUUGAUGCUGACAUUUUCUAAAACAGUUUUAUCUGUGAGACUGUGUCUGUUGUUUCUGUUUGUUUUCUUUUCUGUUGUUGUUAUUGAGAUGUUCUCCGUAGCGUAUCACAGCUUCUGUACAGCUAAUGCUACUGUCGCUAAUAUGGUUGCUGCUGCCGCGGCCGCUGCAGCUGCCGCAGCGCUGUUGCUGUGCAGCUGAACAAUAACAUAAGAUAACAUGGAGGUGCAUAAUGUUAUUUAUGUUAUUCCCCCCCACCCCCCUCCCUGCC